GUACGAAGACGCUUCCGCCUGGCAAAAGAUUGGCUUUUGGAUCGACAAGGCCUGUAUCCCACAGGGCGAUCCAGACAUGAUGUCGCUCUGUGUGAAUCUUCUGGAGGAGUUUAUUGCUCUGUCGGAUGGUAUGAUUGUUUUGGCGUCUUGGAACUAUUUUUCCAGGUUGUGGUGUGUCUACGAAUGGGUUUGCGGGCUGCUGAUUCAUAGCGCCAUGGAGAUCGAGAUAUUGGCCGAUCCCUUCAUUCGCGAUUCCACCGUGGACACCUACCUCUUUUGCAUCCGCAACUUCAGUGUGGCCAAGUGCUACUGCAAUAACGAAAACGACCAGCAGACCUUGAUCGACAAAGUCCACAGCUACUACAAGUCUGUGAGUGAUUUUGAACGCUUCUUUCAAUUUUCCGUGAUCGUCUGCUUCACCCGCUGUUUGGUGAAGCGGCGCACCGGGAAGAGCGGCACCUUAAAGCCUUGGAUUGAGUUGGCAGCUGCCUGCGGUUUCAAAGACCUGGCACUGGAACUUCGGCAGCUCGGGAAGAGUGUGGCUAGAUUCCAAGAGGAGGCGGCGCAAGAGACCACUGGCGGCAGCACUCUUGAGUUGCAAGUGGCCUUUAGCUCUAGAGUGGACGACUGGUUCCGACAGAACAUUGCGCCCUUGCUGAUUAUUGAGCAACGAAAGGCCACCAAUCACCUGGGGAUCCGAUACAUCCGAACUCUGUGUUCCCUGGCCGAGGAGAUCAAGCAGAGCAAGGAAAAACUCAAGGAUUGGUGCGAGACGUCGCACGACCACAGCGAGUUAACGCGCAGCCACCGACGGGUGCUGUACUCUGCCUCCUUUCUGCCCGAGAGCACGGAAUUGGACGACCUCGGGCAGAGCGUUGCUUUGAAGAGGCCAACUGUGAAGCCGCAGGGGCCAGCAAAACUCACAAAGCCGCAGCUGCAUCUGUCGAGCGGAUCCCGCGAUUCGGUUCAACUGGAUGUGAGCCCUUUGAGCACCUUUAUGAGGAGUGCAGCGUUGGGGGUCUCGUCGCAAGACUUGCAGUGAUGGUCUGACACGCAAAGUCCGAGCGGACCCAGCGGACGGCGUUUGGAUGUCCGCAGUGCUGUGUUUUGUGUUGUUUUUGUUACUGCAUGGCGGGUAGGUUACCACUUGAAUCCCAUGGUUGGGAUAUCC